AUCUUCUUCUACCUCAGCCAGCGGUCCAGCGUCCUUUCAUAUUGCCGUCUGAAAACAUCUGCAAACCCGAAAAAGAAAAGGCCGAAAUCGGGUCGGAUUCCAAAAAUGGGCGUAACACCGAAAAUUGCUCCGUCCAUGCUUUCAUCGGAUUUUGCUAAUUUAGCAUCGGAGGCAAAGCGCAUGCUUGACUUUGGAGCUGAUUGGCUUCAUAUGGAUAUCAUGGAUGGGCACUUUGUCCCGAAUCUAACCAUCGGCGCUCCCGUCAUUGAGAGUUUAAGAAAGCACACAAAUGCAUAUCUGGAUUGCCACCUUAUGGUUACUAAUCCGAUUGAUUAUGUUGAACCUAUGGGUAAAGCUGGCGCAUCCGGUUUCACUUUUCACGUUGAAGUAUCCAAAGAAAAUUGGCAAGAACUUAUUGGAAGAAUUAAGUCGAUAGGCAUGAGGCCUGGUGUGGCGUUAAAGCCUGGGACACCAAUUGAGGACGUUUAUCCUCUGAUUGACAGCGAGAAUCCUGUGGGAAUGGUUCUUGUGAUGACUGUAGAGCCAGGAUUUGGUGGACAAAAAUUCAUGCCAGAAAUGAUGGAUAAGGUUCGCGCUCUAAGGAAGAAGUACCCAUCACUUGAUAUAGAGGUGGAUGGUGGUUUAGGGCCUUCGACAAUCGAAAUGGCGACUUCAGCAGGAGCAAAUUGCAUAGUAGCAGGGAGUUCGGUAUUCGGAGCUCCUGAACCGGCGGCGGUUAUAUCCCUCAUGCGAAAGAGUGUUUCCGAAAAUCAAGAGAAAUAUUAACACGAUUUCACAUGCAGUAUAAGGCGUUUAUGGGUUUCCAUGAGUAUGUGUAACAGAAUAUACAAACAUGAUGAGUGUUGGAAUUCAAUAAAAUGAUACUAAUGUUCAUCA